GGAGGCCGCGGAGCCUCACAACAUCCGGGCCCCGGCGCCCGCGGCCGGUUGCUAUGGAGACGAGCUGCCGCCACCAGAAAGGACUAGGAAAGCUGCCUGGGUCGGGCGGAUCGGUUUAUGCUCACUGAUCCAGCCAAUAGUUCCUCUCUAGUUUAAUUAGGUGCAGGUAAAAGGCCACUUCCCGGGGCGCUCGCCGCUCUUCUGCCAUCUGCUGCAAGAGAAGAUUUUACCAAGAAUUUACCAAGGGAGCGAGAAUGACGGACACCGACUGGGAUAAGAACCGUACUUCAGCUUCCAAUUCAGACACAGAAAUGAAACUUGAACCACCACCCCCUUGUGUGAACCCUGGCAAUCCGGUGUUUUCAUGUAUGUUGGACCCAAAGACACUCCGUACGGCUACGUCACUAUCGAAACCCCAGAUGAUUCUGUAUAAAACCAAUUCAAGUCAUUAUGGUGAAUUUCUGCCUAUGCCGCAGUUUCUGCCCUGCAAUUAUACUCCAAAGGAACAAGUAUUUUCAAGCCAUAUCAGAGCAACUGGAUUUUAUCAAAACAACAGUCUAAAUACUGCACCUGACAAAACCAGAACCCUUGAUUUUCCUAAUUUUCAACACACUCUGUGAAAAUAUAUUCUUUGCCUAUUUAAGAGAAAAUAUGAGAAGGAAAAAUGAGUUUUAAAUCCAAGACUAAAAUACUGAAUUUAGAAUAUAAAACUAUUUGAAUCAAUUUUUAAAAUGCUUUUAAGAAAUAAAGCAUUUCAAUUGAUAAUUGAACAACACUGACUUGUUAAGUAAAAGUCUGUCCACAAUAGAAGAGAGGUAUGUUAAAACACUUGUUGGAGAGCCCAUGCCCACAGGCAGUGUCUUGAGUUCUGCUCCCGAUUCCAGAUUCCUGCUUGUGCAAAGCUCCAGUAAUUGAGUUCUUGCCUUCCCCAGAGAAGACCUGCACUGAAUUCUGGUAUGGGCAUUUGAGGAAUGAACCAGUGAGUGGGAAAGUUCUCUCUCAUUUUCUCUCUCUGUCUCUCUCUAAAUAGCCUCUCAAAUAGAUAAAUUAAAAUUACAAAAAACCUUUUACCUCUAAAAAAUAAAUAAGAGUAGGUGUGUUGUGCCAUUUAAGAUGCUUGCAUCCCAUAUCUGAGGGUCUGGGUUUGUCUCCCCACUCCACUUCCAGCACCAGGUUUCUGCUUAUGCAUACCCAGGGCAGCAGCAGGUGACAGUUCAAAUACUUGGGACCCUACCACCCAAGUGGGAGACCAGGAUGGAGUUCUAGGCUCCUGAUUCAGCCUGGCCCAGACCUGGCUAUUGUGGGCAUCUGGAGAAUGAAACAAAGAACAGAAGAUCUUUCUCAUAUCCCCCACCCCCUCCUCUCUAAAAAUAGAAUAAAAAGUAGAAACUGUCUUAGUACAUCCUACCUCUAUCUAGGACAUGUACUCCCAAAAACUUGAAGAGCUUUCAGGAUCUCAGUCUACUUAGUGGA